ACACCCCCAGGUGAAGGCUGUCACCAUGUCUGACCAAGAGGCAAAACCUUCAACUGAGGACUUGGGUGAUAAGGAAGGAGAAUACAUUAAACUAAAAGUUAUUGGACGGGAUAGCAGUGAGAUUCACUUCAAAGUGAAGAUGACAACACAUCUCAAAAAACUCAAAGAAUCAUACUGUCAAAGACAGGGCGUUCCAAUGAAUUCACUCAGGUUUGCCUUUGAAGGUCACAGAAUUGCUGAUAAUCAUACUCCAAAAGAACUGGGAAUGAAGGAAGAAGAUGUGAUUGAAGUUUAUCAGGAACAAAGGGGGGGAGGGGUCACUCAAGGGUUUAGUUAUUUUUAUUUUUUCUUUCCCCUCAAUCCUUUUUUAUUUUUAAAAACUAGUUCUUUUGUAAUGUGGUGUUCAAAACAAGAUUGAAUACGGGCACUCCACCUCUUUAGAACACACCGUGAUUUG